AUGAAUCAAGGAAUAUACGAAGAACUGCUCUUCGCAAGAACUUUGAUAACCGACGCUAAAGACUUUGAAUCUAGGUUUGAGGAUAUUUUGACUAUGGUAAUACCACCGUGGAUAAUUAAUCCAUAUGGUGACAUAGAAGAAACGAAUGUCAUAAUAAAAGAGGAACUGACUGAACUAAGUACAAACGAAGAACUUAAGGUUCAGUUUAAAAACGGAUAUCAGCAAUUCUGGCUGCAAAACAACAUACCCGUUACUUAUCCCAUCUGUGCCGUCGGCUUGACCCUUAAUGAGAUUUCACUCACGAUCUUGCCCCAUAACCGUCGCGCUUUUCCCCCAAUGUCGGAAGUCAGGACACACUUGUCAACGUUGCGCCGAGCCCUUCGGCGCUUUUGCGCUGCUCAAGAGUGUGUUCCUCAGUGCGCUUCGGAUUUUGCUGCCGUACCGUCCGCUAAAUAUUAA